CCCCCCUCCUCCCUCGCCCGCUCGCGUCGAUCGCUUUGCUGGUGUGACUACUCGAUAGAGAACUUGCUCCAGAGCUGGCCAGGGCUUGCAUUUUCUGGUUUCCCGACCUGAUUUGACCCUCUCCGAGUCUGGGAGAGCUUCCCCGCACUAGAGCUGCACAGCAUCAUGCGCAUUACCGUGAGCGUGAUUCGUCCGGAUCAGGCCGACGCCGACAUCUUCUCCCUAGAAGUCGGUGGGGACAUGACCGUCGAGCUCCUCAAAGCCAUCGUUGAAAGCGAAACCUCCAUCCCUCCCCCCUCCCAACGUAUUCUCUACAACAAUCAACUACUUGCCGAUGAUGCUCGCACCCUCGAACAGGUUGGCAUUGGUGAGGGCGACAUGAUAGGUGUUCAGGUUACGCUGCGGAGACCCCAGGCCCCCCCACGGAGUAUUGGGGGCCCCAGCUCUGCGGCUGCCCAACAAAACCUGCAGCGAAGACAGGCAAUGACUCCAGAUCCCGAGACGAUUCGUCUACAUAUUCUCGGUAAUCCGCAAGUGCGCGAGGCUGUUCGACGGCAGAAUCCGGAACUGGCGGAGGUGGCCAACGAUGCACAGCGCUUCCGUGAUGUCCUUCAACGACAACAACAGCGCGAGGCUCAGGCCGCAGCAGAGAAGGAGGCUCGAAUUGCCAUGCUGAAUGCUGAUCCGUUCAACCCCGAGAAUCAACGCGAGAUCGAGGAGAUUAUCCGUCAAAACGCGGUAACGGAAAACCUCCACAAUGCCAUGGAACACCACCCAGAGUGUAAGUGGGCGAAACGUUUUCCGUGUCGACCUUAUUGCUAACAUGAAAGCACAGCAUUUGGUCGCGUAACCAUGCUGUAUAUCCCUGUCGAGGUCAAUG